AUGUCAGCCGGAGCACCACCCCCACCAACCAUCACCGUACACGCCCCAGGCUCAGCAGUACCAGCACCGACACCAGCACUGUCCUCCACAACAACCGUGCCCGCGGCCUCGACGGCGCCGGUCAAAGCACGGCCGAAGAUGCCCUCGCUCGUGAAAUCGUGCUACCUGUGCGACGAGCAGAACCCCGGGGAUUUCAGCCCGACGACGAAAUUCCUGGAACAGUGUCUGCUGUGCUCGCGGAAUUUCUGCCCGAUCCACAAGUCCGAGCAGUGGGACGGCGUCUGCAACAUCAACCACUCGCAGUACUACAAGGAGUGUCUGGCCAAGGCGCGCAGCGAGCUCGAGGGUCAGGGCAAGAAUGUCGACCAGGCGGGCAAUCGCUCCGUCGCCGAGAUGCUGAUCAACGAGGGCAUUUAUCCCAGCUUGGGCGAGCGCGAGAAGGCUAUUUUCUCCACGAGUCCCGUCGACAAUAAAACCGUUCAAGAACUCGAAACCUACCGCAGUCUCGACGCGGCCAUGACGGGUACCAGCACCAAGCCGGCCAGUCAGUUGAUUGAAGAGCGGGACGUCCUAGAGGCGGAUAUUGCAGUCUGA